AACAAGAUAGGGGAUAGCUGGCUUGCCUGUGUGGCAAGCAGGAGAAUAGCCUCCCAGCCUCCCACGCCUGCACCUUCCCUUUAAAUACAGCCAAGCUCAGCAGCAGCUGCUAUUGCAAGCGCUGGAUCCAGCCCUGAAACACCUCCAGCUCCCAGCACUCUAUAGGGAGGCAGAGAACUAGAUAAAGAGCUACCACAAGUCGAUUAAAAGAAAGGAAAAAAAGAACCAGUAUAUUCCACUUAGACAGGGCAGGGGCUGGGAUUUGUGAGAAGGAUGCCACCCACCUUGUUCCUGUUGAGCCUUUUGGUGGGCACCAUGGAAGUUACUGCUGCUCCAUAUGAUAAAGGAGUACGGCCGGAAGAAAUGGUAACACGAUGUAUUGUUGAAGUCCUCUCCAAUGCUUUGGCUAAACCCAAUGCACCAGCUAUUGACCCAGAAUGUAAAGAGAUCCUUAAGAAAAACAGCAGACACAACAUUGACCAAACACAAGAUGAACAGAGGCAGUAUGAAGCAAGAAGUAUAAAGGAUUCUGCCGGUGCAGGAAAACACCAAUAUGAAAGCAGUGAAGAAAUCAGACAUUCAGAUUCACCAAGAGAAGAAAAUGAGAAACGGCAUAAAGUGGACCCAGAAAUGAAUGAGGAGAAUGAAGAGGAAAGAGUAAAAAAACUUGUUGAUGAAAAAGAGGAAAGCACCGGUCAUUCUAAAGAAAGGAACUUUGUGGAUGAUGAUGAAGAUGGUGAUGAGGAGAGAGAAGAUCGCAAAGACCACAAUGAGAAAGAAGAGAUUAUAAAUAAAGACAAAUACCAUCAUGAUGAUUCACAAGAGGCUAAACAUGAUGUUUUGGACAAAAAAGCUCAGCCAGCAACUAAAAGUGUUGAAGAUUUCUCAAAGGAAAAUGACGAAGACCUAAGGAAUUUAGAGGAGAUCAAGAGACACUUUGGAAGCAAAAGCUCAAAAGAGGAACUCUUUCACCCUGAGAAACACAAUCUGGCUCAUUCCCAUGAAGUAUCUGAGGAAUCCACUGAAAGGAUACAAGAAGAAAAAAGAGGUUAUAAGCCAAUCCAUAAUGACUUUGAACAAAGACUCCAUGACUAUGAGGAAAAGAGAAGUCAUCAAGAACAAGGAAACCACAUUGCAUUUGGUAGAGGACAGAAAAUGCAUUUUGACCAAGACUCUCUGGAGAAUAGCCUGCAGAAGAAUAAGUAUGACAAGAGAACACAUAGCGAGAAAGAGAGCUCAGAAGAGUCAAGAGAAAAGAGACAUCACCACCGAGAUAGCGAGGAGAUGCGAGGGCACCAUGAUAGCAGAGAGGAGAGCAGUGAGAAAGAACCGAAGGGGCAUCACUAUGAAGAAAAGAGAUACCAUGAGGAAAGAAAGAGGUGGCCAAGCCAACAAAAUGCAAGACUGAAUUAUGAAGAGAGCAAUGAAGAAAGUAAAGAGAGUGAGGAAGAUGUUGACAAGUUCCGUGAACGUGACAGGCUGGAAAAAGAGAAAUUCUUCAGAAAUUUAAGGCAUCACUUACAGGACAGUGAAGAGGAUGAAUCAUAUAAACCAGAAAGGAAACCGGAAGGCACAAGGCAUUAUAUUGGUGAAGAAAUGGUGGACGAAAUGAAAAGAUACUAUCCGGAAUUUUCUCACGAAAAAGAUCUGAGACAUUAUAAUGAAGAAAAUGCAGAAGAAUUGAAUAGUCUAAACAAUGAAAUAAACAAACGACACCAUUCUGAAGAUGAAAUAAGGUUAUUCAAUAAAUAUGGACUGUCUGAUGACCCACAGAGGUGGAAGAGCCGAUAUUUUGAGACUGACAACAGCAAAGAAGAAAGGAAGAGGAACUUGCAAAACCCUAAAAUGUUUCCAGACUAUGGCGAUUAUGACUUAUGGGAGAAACGGCAGCUCCUUGAGGACAUGAAUCAUGAAUAUGGUGAGAAGAAGAGUCCAUUUAAGUUCCACAAGUUUGAAGAAAAAAGACAGCAUGACAAAAUGGAUGAACUGGCUCAGCUUCUUAACUACAAGAAAAAGUCUGUUGAGUUUCCCGAUUUCUAUGACGCAGAUGAGAUAAAAAAGCGUCACUAUAAUGAGCGGGAGAGGCUCAGCCAAAGGCCAUUAACAGAGGAAGAGGAGAAAGAGCUGAAGAACCUGGCCAUUAUGGAUAUAGAGUUGCAGAAGAUCGCGGAAAAGCUCAGCAAUAACAGACAAGGCUGAGACCAAUAUAUGAACUGCAGUUUCCGUAGCUGAGAGCUAUCCUAUAUUUAGCUGAAGGUACCUCCUCUACAUUUCUUGUCGUCGCCUCUUCAGAAGAGAAAAAAAGUUUUGUUUAGUUAAGACAAGCAAAAUGUAGUUCAUUGCUCACAAGUAGUAUUUUACACUGCCCGAAAUAUCUGGUGCCACUUAUGCUUUUGACACAAAAGACAAAUGACAUAUAUUCAUACGUAUAUGAGACAUUUUACUAUGCUUGUGGAAAUGUAUUUUGUGUAACUGUACUUUAAUACAUCUAUGUCUUGAGAUUUGAAAUAAUAAAAAGCAAACUGAAUCUUA